GUUCAGGGAAAGAGGUGACGGCGGCGGAGAUCACCAAAUGUCGGCGGCCCAAAAUUGUUAAACAUAAACAUCGAGAAGAGCCUAGCGAUUGUCCCAUGUUCAUCGCUCCCUAACGUAGCAGAUAUGACUACACCAUUGAUAGCAGGACUUGCUGUUGCAGCCGCUGCUUAUGCUGGAAGAUAUAGCAUACAGGCUUGGCAGGCAUUCAAAGCAAGACCACCUAAAAUGCGCAGAUUUUAUGAAGGGGGUUUCCAGCCUAAAAUGACAAGAAGAGAAGCAGCUCUUAUCCUUGGCGUCAGGGAAAGUACUCCAGCUGAUAAGGUUAGGGAAGCACACAGAAAGGUAAUGGUGGCAAACCAUCCAGACGCUGGGGGGAGCCACUACCUUGCUUCUAAGAUCAACGAAGCAAAAGACGUGUUGCUGGGAAAGACCAAGGGGAGUGGCUCCGCCUUCUGAUCCCGAAGGCCGCUUCAAUCAAAAUUUUGGUGUUCAAAGAGUGCAAGUCUACCGCAAUUAGAAAUAUAUUUUAGACUCUCAUCAGCAGAAAAUAUGUUAAUGAAUUUCUGAGUGUUGAUGAUGGGUCUGGUGUCCAAUUGAUUCUUUACGACCCAACUGACAACUGGUGUACAAUACCCAGAAAUCCCAUGAAGUCCUUGAAUGUGAGAAACUUAACGCAGUUUUCAAAAUUCUUAUGUAAGUUUUGUGGGUGAAAGUUGGACUUUCUUAUCAAUAGAAUCCUUCAAGGAAACAGUUAUUCA